UCAAUUUAUCUUGAACUUGAUCAGACUUUCAGUGCUCUACCUUUUCAUUCAGACCCACAACCAUUCCACGGAUCCUUGAAAAUUUUUGGCGUUGGCAAAACUGGGGUUUUCUGUAUUGUCUUUCAAAUCCUGUUCGUUUGUGCAUGAUGGCUUAUGGAGAUAGGGUAGUAAUUCCAUGCUGAAACAUUGGGUCUCUGUCCGUUUCUAUAACUUGCUUCUGUGAAUAUGGAGGAAUAUGUUACAGUUUUUUUUGCAGGCUGACCUUUUGUAGGGAUAUGUUAGUUCUGCUCGCACUCCUUAAUUGAUGCUUAGGUUUCUUUUCGAAGAUGGGUGAUAUCAAGGCGAACCUCAUAUCUGCAUUUGCAAUAGUGAAACUCAAAGCCUGGACUGCAGAACUAAUUGCAAGUUUCCAGUUGGCAUUUUGUGGAGUAACAAGGUCUUUGUGAAAGACGAUGUCUCUUCUCAGUAAAGACAUUGACUCAGCAUUCGAGGGUGCAGGAUCAAAGGCGGGUUUAGAGAUCUGGUGUAUCGAGAACCUUCGGCUUGUUCGCGUCCCAAAAUCUUCUCAUGGAAAGUUUUAUGCUGGAAAUGCAUAUGUAGUUUUGAAUACAAUUUUGCGCAAAAAUGGCCCUCCUCAGCACGACGUGCAUUAUUGGCUGGGAAAUGAUACAAAGGAGGUAGACUUAGCGAUGGCAUCUGACAAGGCACUCGAAUUGGAUGCUUCUCUUGGGUCCUGCACUGUCCAAUAUAAGGAGCUUCAAGGCCUGGAAACGGAAAAGUUUUUGUCAUACUUCAAACCUUGUAUUAUACCUCUUGAAGGAGCAUACUCUUCGCAAGAAGCGCACUUAAACGGUGAUACAUACAAAGUUAGCUUGUUAACUUGCAAGGGAGACCAUGUUGUUCACAUUAAAGAAGUGCCUUUUUCUAGGUCAUCUUUGAACCAUGAUAAUGUAUUCAUUCUUGACACUGCAUCAAAAGUUUUCCUCUUCAGCGGGUGCAACUCUACCAUACAAGAAAGGGCUAAAGGUUUGGAGGUUGUUCAGUAUAUCAAAGAGAAUAAGCAUGGCGGAAAAUGUGAGGUGGCGACUGUAGAGGAUGGAAAGUUUGUCGGUGAUUCUGAUGUGGGUGAAUUCUGGAGUUUAUUUGGUGGUUUUGCUCCCAUUCCUCGGGAUUCUCCUUCUUCUUUCCAGAAACAGUCUGAUACUCCUUCUGUGAAACUAUCAUGGAUAACCAUACAGGGCAAACUAUGUCAAACUGGAACAGAUUCAUUGCAUAAGAAAAUGCUUGAGACGGACAAGUGCUACUUGUUGGACUGUGGUGCUGAGGUUUUUGUUUGGAUGGGAAGACACAGUUCGAUUUCAGAACGGAAGAUAUCAAUCUCAGCAGCAGAGGGUUUCCUCAGAGAUCAGAACAGGUCAACUGGGACCCAUUUAACCUUUCUAACUGAAGGAUUAGAAAGUUCCAUAUUUAGGUCAUACUUUGAUGAUUGGCCUCAAAAAGUGGAACCCAAGCUAUAUGAAGAAGGUCGAGGGAAAGUAGCAGCAAUAUUCAAGCAACAGGGUUAUGAUGUGAAAGAACUUCCUGAAGAAGACUGCGAGCCUUUUAUAAAUUGCAGAGGCACACUAAAAGUUUGGAGGGUAAAUGGUGAUGAGUUAUCCCUUCUUCCAGUUCCAGAACAGACAAAACUCUUCAGUGGGGAUUGCUAUAUAGUGCAGUUUACGUAUGCUGGAAACGAUAGGGAUGAGAAUCUGUUUUUUGCAUGGCUUGGUUGCAGCAGUGUAAUGGAAGAUAGAAAGGCCACCAUCUCCCAUAUGAAUGCAAUUGCUGAUUCAACCAAGGGGGAUCCAGUUUUGGCUCAAGUGGUUGGAGAUAAUGAGCCAGUUCAAUUUUUCUCGAUUAUCCAGAAAUUGAUCAUUUUCAAGGGAGGGAUGAGUAAAGGGUACAAGAAAUUUAUCGCAGAGAAUGGUUUGACGGAUGAAACUUAUGGUGGAAACAAAACAGCUCUUUUCCGAGUUCAAGGGACAAGUCCACACAAUAUGCAAGCCAUCCAACUUGAUCCACUGUUGCAGGUUUCAAGCUCGCUGAACUCAUCCUAUGGUUACAUUCUGCAAACUGAAACAUUUAUCUUCACUUGGAUUGGGAAUCUCUCUUCGACCCAAGACCAUGAUAUCCUUGACAGAAUGCUGGAGCUGAUAGAUCCGACAUGGCAACCCACUUCUGUGAGGGAAGGGAGUGAACCUGAUAUUUUCUGGAAUGCACUUGGUGGGAAGGCAGAGUAUCCAAGGGAAAAAGAGAUGAAAGGAUACACAGAAGAUCCACAUCUAUUUGUGGUGAACGUCAGUGAAGAUGAAUUCAAGGUGAAAGAGAUAUACAAUUUUUCACAGGAUGAUUUAACUACUGAAGACGUAUUAGUACUGGACUGUCACAGAGAAAUAUACGUCUGGAUUGGAUGCCACUCAAAUAUUAUAUCAAAGCAACAAGCUCUUACUCUUGGUCUGAAGUUUCUUGAGAUGGACAUUCUCGUUGAAGGGCUAUCUCUGGAGACCCCUAUCUUUAUUGUCACGGAAGGGCAUGAGCCACCGUUUUUCACUCACUUCUUUGAAUGGGAUUCCUCAAAGGCAAAUAUGCGUGGGAACUCAUUUGAGCGGAAGCUUGCUCUUCUGAAGGGAAAACCACAGAAUUUAGAAGUAUCUAGAAGAAACUCAUGGAAGGCAUACUCCAGGGAGACUACACCAGAUAGUUCGAGAAGCCAGUCCGUGAUUUCCAAUGGACAGGGAAGCAGUGCAUCUCCUGCAACAAGGGUUUCAGGCUCAAAUUCGAUGUCUUCAAGCAAUCAUCUGUUUUCUAGACCAGCCCCAAUUGCCCGGAAGCUCUUUUCAGGAUCUUCUCUUCACGGUUCUCCAGAAGCAGAGCAAAGGUCACCUUCUCAGAGUGCGAGUUACAUCCAAGUUGAUGGAAGUGGGGAUUGUGUAAAUUUCUUGAUAUAUCCAUAUGAACGGUUGAAAGUGAUGUCUAAUGACCCGGUAGCAGACAUAAAUGUGACCAAAAGAGAGGCAUAUUUAUCAGACGAAGAGUUUCAAGGCAAAUUUGGAAUGACAAAAGGAGCUUUCUACGAGCUUCCUAAAUGGAGACAAAACAAGCUCAAGAUGUCUCUUAAUCUAUUUUAGGCAUGCUAUGUUGAGACUAGAACAAGAUGCUGAUUGGACCAUGGGAAUUUUACAAACCCAAAGUUCAAUGAAUGCCUUACUUUAUGUCCGAUGUAAGCUUGAAUCCCCGUUCUGCUGAGAAAUCCAUGAUUGUAGUAUUUGCUCACUCUCUCAUUCUCUUGUCAUUUUUUUUUACAGUUAUUCUAUUAUCAAGUCGGUAUCUAGAACAC